CAAAGUUGCAGACUUUUUCUACAAAUUCAAAGUAAACUUAACCCACACAAACCAAAUAUUUCAAAAGAAAAAAAAAAACAUGUUCGAAUAGAAAGGCAACAAGAAGAAGAAGAAAGAAAAGUAAUCGAUAGACAAGAGUCUUUCUUCUCUCUGGUUGCUUCUUUUUAUUUCUUUAUCUGGACCAGCUUUUCUCUGCUACGUUACUUCUUUCAGAGAACUCUGAACCAAGGAACUUUUGUAGUUGAAGCUUGGUGAAACAGAGGAAUAAUGCUAAGUUUCCCCAAUCUUGGUCAUCAUCAGUAAGCCAAAUCAAGAAAAGCUUUAAAAAUAUGUAUGUACUGUUUCUUGUUAUUAGCAUUUAGAAAGUAAAGUAAUGUUCAAGAAAUGGGGAAGAAAGGAAGUUGGUUUUCUGCAAUCAAGAGAGUUUUCACUCCACAUUCCAAGGAGAAGCAGCUAAGCAACAACCAAGAACCAGAGAGAAAGAGCAACAACAAGAAAGAAAAGAAGAAGAAAAGUUUAGGGAAGAAGCUAAGAGAUGGAGAAACCAAUUCUUUCCUUCCAAUCUUCAGACAACCUAGCAGUAUCGAAAAGAUUUUGUGUGAAGCCGAAAGAGAACAUAACCUUGUCUUCAGACCACCAACUCCAACAGACCGAGCAACCUCUGCUCCAUCUCCUCGUAUUAGGCCUCCUUCUCCUAAAGUGUCUUCUCAGAGAUAUGUCUCUUCUCCAAGACCAAUCUCGCCAAGAGUUGCUUCCCCAAGAGCCCUUUCUCCAAAACCUCCUUCUCCAAGAGCGGCUUCGCCUAGGAUUGUGCAGCGACGUGAGUAUGUGCGUAGACAAGAGCCAACACUACUGGUCAAAAAGGCAUCUGCAACAAAGAUUCAAGCAGCUUUCAGAGGUUACAUGGCAAGAAGGAGUUUCAGAGCUUUGAAAGGUCUUGUUAGACUACAACGAGUGGUGAGAGGACAUAGCGUGAAGCGUCAGACAAUGAAUGCAAUGAAGUAUAUGCAGCUUUUGGUACGUGUUCAAACACAAGUCCAGUCACGUCGCAUCCAAAUGCUAGAACACCGCGCUAGGAACGAGAAAGAUGACCCCAAGUUAGCCAGUAGCGCGUCUGAUGAUUGGGAUGAUAGUGUGCUGACAAAAGAGGAAAAAGAAGCGAGACUACAUAGGAAGAUUGAUGCAAUGAUCAAAAGAGAACGGUCCAUGGCCUAUGCAUAUUCUCAACAGUUGUGGAAGAACAGUCCAAGGUCUGCUCAGGACAUUCGAACAAACGGCGUCCCACUUUGGUGGAACUGGGUGGACAGACAGAACAACCAAACACAACCUUUCAGGCUAACACCAACACGACCGAGUCCAAGCCCUCAGGCUCAUUCUAGCAACAAAAACCAUUCCAGGCUCAACAACAGUUUCGAUGUUUCCACACCAAACUCAUCAAAAUCGGCAUUCAUCACUCCACAACCAUCAAGAUACUCACGAGGAGGAGGAAGAGCUACACAAGAUUCUCCUUUCAAAGAUGAUGAUAGCCUCACGAGCUGCCCUCCAUUCUCAGCCCCAAGCUACAUGGCUCCAACAGUCUCAGCUAAAGCUAAGCUGAGAGCAAACAGCAACCCAAAGGAGAGGAUGGACGGUACUACACCGGUGAGCAACAACAAGGAGAAGAGAAGGAGUUCGUUCCCUCUUGGUUCGUUUAAAUGGAACAAAGGCUCAUUGUUCAUGAGUAACAGCAAAGGUCCAGGCUCUUCUUCUUCUGGUGCUGUAGUGCUUGAGAAGCAUAAGACACUCAAGUCCGUAGGGAACAUGAGUAUUGAUUCAACUGUUUCGAUGCCUGCAACGAUUGGGAAGAGGUCUUUUAACAGAUUUGCCUGAAAUAAAAAGAUUUGAAACUUCUUUCUUCUUUUUUUUUUUUCUUCAGUUGAUUCUUGUUUUGAUUUGUUUAUGAGUGUUUGAUGAUUUUGAGUGAUGUUUGUACGAAUUUACAGAUGUAACAUGAAUAAAAAAAAAAAAGUAAACAACAAAAACAGAGGAUUUGGUUUUGUACAUUGUAAAGUUCUUUCAAGCAAUUCUUGUUAUGUU